GCUGCUUCGUCUCUACUGCGUCAGAGGUUGGUUUGGUGGCUUGCAGAUAGACCACUCGCUGGCCAAUGAAUAGAUUGAAGAGGCUUCCACAGAAUCAAAGAAACCCAAUUCCACACUUCGUCUCACCCUGCAAGUCCCUUUAACGGCCGAGGGGCCUCGAGAAGACCGGAAACCGAUUUGUACGAAUUCCACGAAGCUUUCAGUGCUUCCCCUUCUGCUCUUUGGCUUUUUCCCCUGCGUGCGCAGUUGUUUGGUCGUGGAUUGGUUUUAGUGCGGCAAGUAGCAUGAGCUGAAGACUGCAAGCGUGUGGUGGAUCGGAUGCGCUUAGUGCUGCAAGUAUGUGAUCGGAGUGGAGCGUAGCUGAAACGAGGAGAGAAAGAGAUGCUUCUUCUGCGACACAGCCGCCAUCGUCUACUCUUCUUCUUCCUCUUCCUCGCGGAUUUGGUGGUCGCUGUACUCGCGGUAGUCUCGGCACGAGCCCCCGAGGACUGCAAGAGAACCUGCGGCUCCUACACGGCCCCGUAUCCCUUCGGAUUCUCCGUCGGAUGUCCAAUCCGUCUCGAGUGUUUCAACCCCUCGAAAUCCUCCGUCCGAAUCGGAGAAUUCACAGUGCGGAACAUCACGGACGACAGCCUCCUGGUCGACGUCCCCCCGGCGUGCAACCGCUCCAUCGACGCAGUCAAGAGCCUGUUCGGCCACAACUACGCCUUGACCGAGAGGAACGGCCUGUUUCUCAGCAACUGUACGCCCGUGGCUAACAAGAGCUUGUCGGAGAGGUGCGCCGUCAACACCAUCCUGUUCGACGGCAGCUGCGGGCCUCGAUAUGACAACGCUACCUGCUUCUACAACGCCACCAGGGAAGGUUUCUUCGACGAGGACAGCGUCGCAGCCUCUGGCUGCAGCUUCUUCUUCACGUCCAUCGGGUACGACGACGUGGGCGGUGCGUCGGUGCCGUCGCUGAACCUCCGCACCGCGGAGCUGGCGUGGUGGCUCAACGGAACGUGCCGGUGCUCCGCCAACGCGAGUUGCACGGCGGUUAUGGCUCCGGUGACCCAUAUGCCGGGCUUCCGGUGCCGCUGCUCGGAGGGAUUCCAAGGCGACGGAUUCAUCGGCGGCCAAGGCUGUCGAAAAGUGUCCAAAUUCAAUCAAAGAUGCAAUCCUACGAGGUACAUGACAGGGGACUGCGGUGGAUCUACCAGCAGAUAUGGUGUUCUUGUUGGAGGCAUCAUCGCCGGAGCUUCUGCAAUGGCGGCCUUGGUUCUCGUUUGUUGCUUCAUCAAACGCCACUCUUCUUCGAUGAGAAAGCGGAAGAGCAUGAGACGGCUGCUAUGCGAAGCAUCGUGCACCGUUCCCCUCUAUUCCUACAAAGACAUCGAGAAGGCCACCAAUGGCUUCUCGGAGGACCAGAUACUGGGCACCGGCGCUUACGGAACAGUAUACGCCGGCAAGUUCAGCAACCACCGGCUGGUGGCCGUCAAGAAGAUCAAGAACCGCGACCACGACAGCAUCGAACAGGUCAUCAACGAGAUCAGGCUCCUCUCCUCGGUGAGCCACCCCAACCUGGUCCGUCUCCUCGGGUGCUGCGUAGAGCAAGGAGAGCAGAUCCUCGUGUACGAGUACAUGCCCCAUGGCACGCUGGCUCAGCACCUGCAGAGGGAGCGAGGGCCUGCGCUGCCUUGGACCGUCCGCCUCGCCAUUGCCACCGAGACCGCCAAGGCCAUCGCGUACCUUCAUUCGGCGGUUCAUCCUCCGAUAUACCACCGAGAUAUCAAGUCCAGCAACAUACUGCUAGAUUUCAACUACAACUCCAAGGUUGCAGACUUUGGCCUCUCGAGGAUGGGCAUGACGGAGACGUCGCACAUCUCGACGGCGCCGCAGGGGACCCCGGGCUACGUGGAUCCCCAGUACCACCAGAACUUCCAUCUCUCGGACAAGAGCGACGUCUACAGCUUCGGCGUCGUGCUGGUGGAGAUCAUCACCGCGCUGAAGGCCGUGGACUUCAGCAGGGCGCAGAGCGAGGUGAACUUGGCGGCGCUAGCGAUCGAUAAGAUCGGCGGAGGGCGCGUCGAAGAGAUCAUAGACCCGUACCUCGAGCCGCACAGAGAUGCUUGGACGCUGGCUUCCAUUCGCAAGGUGGCUGAACUGGCAUUCAGAUGCCUUGCCUUCCACAGGGACAUGAGGCCCUCCAUGAUAGAGGUAGCAGACGAGCUCGAACAGAUCAAGCUCAGCGGGUGGGCGCCGACGGAUGACGGCAUGUUCUUGUCGACGGCGUCGUCCUUCUGCUCGUCCCCUUCGAGUUGCAACGAGAAGCCGCGCGCGGCAUCGAAGAGCAAGAGGUUGGUGUUGGUGAACAGCAUGAGAGAGGAAGCGGAAGUGGAGUCCCCUGUUUCUGUGCACGACCCAUGGUUCAGUGAGCAGAGCUCUCCUUCCGCAAACAGCUUGUUGGGCAAUGUGAUCCAUUGAUCUGUCCUGCUGUUCCUUCUUCUUGUACUUAAGAAACUUUCCCUUCAAAUGUAAUACAAAAUCAUACAAAAGAGUUGUAGAAGAAAGAGCAGCAACUCUCAGCUCCUCCAUCAGUUCAACCUUGGUUUGUUAGA